UGGUCCUUGAAUUGUCACAGUCAGACUUUUCAGACGGAAGGAGGACUCGACUGGCCCAGGAUAAAAUGCAGAACAUAUAAUACUGUAGUUGGGCGUUCUCAGAUCUCCACCUAGCUUAUAGCUCAACUCUUGCACCGCAGAACAGCAAACCGUUGCAAAAAACGCAACCCUGGGAAAUCAAAGCUCGAAAAGCCAAGCUUGAGUGCAACACCCACCCUGACACACAGCACCAGACAUUUUGUUUGAGAACGCCUUGUCCUCGGCAAACACACGCAAAAGGUCUCAAUCAGCAACCCAGAGCACAAUAUUCAUCUGGGCCGCGUUUCAGCUUCUGUGUGAUUUCCAAAGGGUCAUCAUGGCGACAGUUUCCGGGCAGCACUUUGAGGGCCAUCGCUUCAGCAGAAAAAGCACGGCCAGCUCCAGCUAUGACCAUGGAUACAAUGGUUAUGGGGCCCAGAAUGGUGGAGCGCGGGGCAACGUGGGCCGGGUCUUCCAACACUCCAUAGACAACGCAGACGUGAAAAUUGAGGGGACGGGGGGUCAGAACUACAUCUUGCAAGGCUCAGUGAACAACUCUAAGAUUCUGAUCCAAGGGACGGGCGGCGACAACUACAUUUUCCAGGGGUCUGUGACCAACUCCGUGAUUAGGGUGGAAGGGUCGAGGGCCAACAAUAUCAUCUUCCAAGCCUCUUUGACCGGCUCUGAUGUCAGGAUCUACGGCACUGGGGGAGAUAGAAGCGCCACUGGUAUAAGCUGCAAGGACUCUAGGACAGCAUGUACAUACCCACCGAGAACUUGGCCCGAUACCUGA